AUGGAGCCGUUUCCCGCCGCGGAAUCGAUCUUUCCUCCCUCUUCUUCUCCCACGGCGGCCUCCACGGCUUCGCUCUUCUCUCCGCUCGACUCGCUGGACCCGGAACACCUCUUCAAAGACCUGGAUAGCUUCGUCACCUCCGCAGACAUCCCCCUCCUCACGAAUGUCCUCAAGCGCGCGCUGUACUGCCGCCGAUCGGCGCCGACGUGUACUCGGAGUCCACGGCCGUUGGUCUGUUCGCCCACGGCGAAGGCUGGCAGGGCCUCCCAGCCCUCGCUGCGCGCGUGGCUCCGCGAGGUCGCUGUCCCCUGCCCCUGCCUUGUUGAGCACGAUCGGAUCUCGAUGGAAGAUGGAGGCGGCGGCGCCUGUGGAGCCCACCUUAAGAAAGGAGACAUCGGCUUCCGCUGCCUCGACUGCGAGCACGACUCCACCUGCGUUGUCUGCGCUCCGUGCUUCCUGAACGGUGACCAUUCCUCGCACCACUACAUGAUCAUGCAGGCAAGUGGCGGCUGCUGCGACUGCGGAGACCCGUCCUCCUGGGCGCCUUCAGGGUUCUGCUCCAAGCACCGCGGCGUCACUCCGGAGAUGGAUGGACCGUCUUCCACGCUGGCGCUGCCGCCUUUUCUGCGGCUUCGCGGCCAAAAACACAUCUCCUCGUGCAUUGCCUUCGUCACGCAGAGACUGCGUCACUUCCCGCGCGAAACGCUUCUCCGCUCGGCGACGCGCCGCCACCUCCAAGAGACGCUCGCGGAGGCUUUGGUUGCCGCGCAACAGGAGCUCGAACUCUUCCACCGCCAGCAGAGAGAGCGCGCGGCGCCCGACGCAGUCCCCACGCACGCCGAGGCGAGCGCGUCCUUCCCGCGCAGCGCACAGAGUGCCGACGCGCCAGGCGAAGGGAGGCGAAACAGGCGGGAGCGCACUGGGGCUGAGGGCGAGGGCGAUCCCGUCGCCGCGGGCGCUGCUGCAGGCUCGAGCGCGGAAGAUGCAGCAGGCGGGGGGUUGCCGACUGGCGACAGCGUGCGCUUGGAGAGAGACGGCGGCGAGGCGGAGAGUUUCCUCGAGUCCUCUGAGUCCGAGAGCGAGCGUUCCACGCCCUCAGAAGAAGAUGGAAGCGAGGGCGGCGGCGGAAGGGAGGCUGCGCGGAUGAGCUCGGCUUGGAGGAGAGAAGCAGAGGAUGAUGGGGACGAGGAGAAUGCGGCUCUGGGAGGCGAAGGAGAAGGCGAAGGAGAAGGCGAACUGUUGCAACAAGACGCGUCCGCUUCGGUGCCGGCGCGACGCCGCCGUCACCCUCGUCCCAUCACGCGUGACGCGGCGCCCGGGGCUGGUGAGGAAGAUGUGGUAGGCGAGGCGCCUUCGUCUUCGCUGUUCCGGGGGUCAGACGACCGGGACGGGAAUCUUUUCGAUUUCCAGUUGUGGGGCGACGCUCUCCGCCUCACGCCUGAAGAAGUUGCGGCGCUGACAAUCGCUGCGGUGGCUGGCAGGGAUCUCGACAGCCAGAGUGCGAUUGACGCGGGGACGCGAGCUGCCUUGGCUGCUGUGCGCGCACGAGAGCGAGCCGAGCAGCGCGGCGCCGCGUCUCCCUCUCGCUCACCUUCGUCCGCUUCGGCCGCUGCCUCGCUGUCGCCUCGGCUGCCGCCGGCAGGCGAAGAAGGGCGGCGCCGAGGCGCCAGCGAGCGAGGCGAGGUCGUCCCUGCUUCCCGCUGGUGGAAUGACGGCGAACAGGACGCAGAGGCAGGCGAGGAGAUGGCUCAUGAGGCAGAGGGGCGAGCUGGGGCGUUCUCGGCUCUCGAAAUGCGCCGAAGUGAGGAGGACGCGGCUGAGGACGCAGCGACGCGUGCCGCAGUUGUCCGCUUCUCUGCGGCUGCAGCAGUUUCAGCGUCCGCGUCACCUGCCCGGCUCCCUCCCCCCUCCUCUGCGCUGUCCUACGCCUCCACGCUGUCGCUGUUCUUCCUGGACCGCCUCGCGUCCUCCACGCUCUCGCCUGCGUCCUCUGCAGGCGGCGUCCCGCAGGGGCGGUCGCGGACGCUGUCGUCGAACUCAUCUCGCGACCGAGACGGAGGCCGGUCCUUUUCUCCAUUCGACACCGCCUUCUUCUCGUCCCCCGCCUCGCGGGCCUUCAUGUCUCACGGUCUCGCGGAGCUCCUGGAGCUGCGGAUGUUUCAGCAGCGGAAUCAGACACCGCGUGAAGGCCGGCGCGGAAGCCCCUCCCGGGGCAGUGGCGGAGGCAACCCAAAUGCUGCGAACGCAGCGGCAGGAGCCAACGGCCCCUUUCCUCAUGGACGGGGGGGGGGUGUCGCCCGUAGAGGCGAAGCCAGCGAGGGAGGCGAGCGCGGGGAGCGCGGGGAGCGAGACGCGCGGGACUUCCUCCUGCGACCCGAACGGCCUGGCGCGGACUUCUUGCCGCGUUCGUCUUCGUCUUCCCUGUCGCUCUCUUCCUUUUCUCCGUUUUCCGAGACCGCGAAGAACGCCAUGCUCGUGCUGACGCAGGCCGUGAUUGCGUGGCUCUUCGAGCUCGCCUCGAAGCACCUCGGCUACCGCUGGUUUAUCAACUCCAGCCUCGUGCCCAGCGCCCUCGUGCGGUGGAUUUGUGAACAUGGCACGCUGGGCGCGAGUCUGCAGAGACAGCUCCACGACUUCUACAUGCUACUCUUCGCGUCGCCGAAAUUCAAAAACAAAUUUGCCGGCCUCAUUCUCGAUCAUUACAGCCACGUCGCCCGUGGUGUUCCUCUCGUUGACGAAGAAAGUGCGCGACGAGAUUUCGAUGCAGGUAUACAGGCACGCAAGCGGGCGCGAGAGGGUGUGAAAUGCGCCGGCUGCGGUGGCGCCAGUUCUUUGCCUUGUGUUUGGGGGUUCACAGGCUUCGUAGUCGCGGCGGAGUAUAGUGUUCAGCGUCUUGUCUCGAGGCAUUCGACGCUUGCUCGAACCGAGGAAAAACUGUCUCCGUGGAGCUUCUGGAAGGUGCCGAAACGGAUCGGUGGCCUCUGUCUGCCGAUCGAUGCGGCACAUUCAUGCAGUGCCUCUCCUCCUCUCGCCUCUAGAGAACGCAGCAGGGUUUUCUACCGCGCCUCGCCUGUACAGUCCUGCGACCUCGGGUCGCUGACCGUCCAGCUCUUCACCGUCCCGAAUUUGGCGGAGAUCGCGGUGUGGGAGAAAGAUCUCGUCGCACGCGGCAUCAGUUUCCUCAAGGAGGCGCCGACGAUGAGUUCUCCUCACGAGGUUGAAAUCAUGCUGAAUGGGCUCGAGUACAUCAACCCCAAACUCAAGGGACCGGAGAAGCGCGUACUACAGGAUCUCUGCUACGUGAUGUCGGAGGAGACUGUCUGGCGCCGCUUCUUCCAAGCCGACGUCCUCACUAUUUGCCGCAUUCUUCAGCCUCUGUGGGCCUUCAUGCUGCGGUUCCAUCGCGCGAACCUACAAGUUCGGCAUGCCCGCGAGCACGUGAUGUACGAGAUGCUGCAUCAGUGGCAUAACGCAUGCAUCCUUGAAGACGAGAUGCUUCGGAUGGUGAAACGACUGGGCAACGGCUGUCGAUCCUCGUCGCACGCGAGUUUUGCGCCGGUCAUUCCCCUGCUCUCUACACUUCGGCCGGCUCUUCUGCGUCUCCCUCCGGUCCCUGCGUUCCGCGCGUUGCCGCCUUCUUCGCCGCCCUCCUCCGCCUUCCUGUCCUCGCACGGCUACGCCGUCGGCUCGCUUCACUCGCCCCUCACGCGCACGUUCGUUCGUUUCCUCUGUCCUGACCUUCUCCGCGCGUAUCUUGACCUGUCCUCUCCGUCGCCCUGCACCUCGUGCGCUUCGCCGCCUUCUCUGGGCUCUGCAACUUCCGCCUCGCUCCACAGAGAGCUUGUGUCGCUCUUUCCGCCGCGGCUGGCGUACCUGCUGAUGCGCGAAGGGACGGCGUCUCUCUUCUUCGCGGGAGCCUUGCAGGUCGGAUACUGGGUGCGCAACGGAGAGGCCCUCAUGAAGGAGCAUGUUCGCGAGUACGAGCGAAGUCGGGCGGACGGCUUUGACUUGGCCUCGCUGCAGAUCGGGUUUCUGCUUCUGGCUUUCCAGCGGAGACUACAGCGCGCCGACAAGCGGGGCGAACGAGACCGCCUCGCCGGGGGGAGCCGAGGACGGGAUGGGGUUCCAGCGAGCGCCCUGCCGAAUUCGGCGGAGACCGAGAGAGGCGGCGACGCCGGGGGUGACGAAGGAAAAAAGCGAGAACCCGUCUCCGUGGAAGAGGACACGGAAACGCUACCGAGCGGAGAGGCAGAGAAGAACGAGGAGUCACAAGGGGGCGGCCUCAGGGAAGCACCAACGAGCGAGAACCUCGAGGAGGUCGUGGCGCGAGAGUUCCAUCCCCUUAUUGUCUUUUUCCUCGCUUUCUGUCCCGCCCGAUUCUCCCCGCAAAAGCUCUUGGAACGUCCUGGAGACACAGACGCUUCUCUUUCCACUUCCUUCCCGUUUCCCAUGCGAGGCAGCGCUCCCUUCUCUCUCUUCUCGCUUCACAGAGAUUCAGCCGCCUCCACCUCGUCCUCGUCGCUUCCUUUCUCCUUUCUUCCUUCGCUCGGGCAUGGCCAGCCACCGUCCGCUGCAGGCGGCGCGGGCGCGCCGCCUGCGCCGCCCCAGGGGGAGAGACCCUCCCCGCCGGCAUCAUCCGCUGCGGAGCCCGCCGCGUCGUCCUCUUCUCUUUUUUCGUUCGCUUCUCCGUCUUCUGCAGCGCCUUCCGCUUCGCCCCCUCAGGCGCCUGCCUCCGCCUCGUUCGCGACUCUUGAGAAGCGAGCGGCGGAGGCCAUCCUCUCCUUCCACGCCGCUCUGCUUCGAGAGGCCGCCAGCCACGAGACGGUCUGGGACCCCGCGGGGCAGACGAUCGACCCGCAGUCCAUAGCGGCGGAGUUCGUGCUGCUUGAGAUGUGGAAGAUGCUCGCGAGUGUUGUCGCUUCGCUCUUCUUCCUCGAAAAAAUGAAUCUCCAUCGCCUCACGGCGCGGGACAAAUACCUUUCCCGAUACUCGUACCUUCUCCGGCGGCAAAUCGUGCAGCUGCUUGCGCUUCAGCCUUGCACGCUGGCGCGCCUGGAGCGCGCGGUGGGGCGCUCGGGGCGUCUGCAUCCUGCCUUUCCGCAGCUCCUCGAUGAGCUGACGACCUUCUCUUCUUUGCGCUCAAAGAGUGCGGAGAACGCGAAUGCCGUCGUGCCACAGAUCCGCACCUCCCGCGGGCUGCUCAGCGGCUUCGCCUCGGGCGGCGGCGGCCAGCCGUCCGCCGCCGCCCCGCUCCUGCGCCUCAAGAAGGAAAGCUGGAAAUUCUUCGACGCCUUCGGAGCCUCCGAUAGACUUAUCGCGGCGGGCGUCUCUCGAAAACGCGAACACCUGGGCCUCGCCAGGGCAGAAAUGCACGUCGCAGAAGAAGAAGCGCUGCGCCACAACGACGCACCUCUCUUGUGGCCGUCGCGCGAAGCAAGAGACAUGCCCGCCGAGUUUUUUCAAAUGCAGGAUCUCGUGAUAGACGCGCUGGUCGCAGACGACUCGCGCCACCUUCUUUUCCGUCUUCUUGUUCAGCUUCUCGAGGCGAAGAACCGCGGCCCAGACUGCCACGCGUCUUCUGCCUCUGCGUCUGGUGACUCUGCUGCCGGCCUUCAUUCGUCGCUCGCGUCGCCUCCCGCUGCUGUCGCGCAGGCGUCUUCCAGCUCAGGCGGCGGAGGCGCGACCGACGCCUCGUCGUCCUCUGCCGUGUCUCCCUCCGCCUCUUCUUCGUCUUCGUGCGGGGCUUUCCUCCACGACGCAGUGUGCAGCGCCUUGAAGCUCCUGGACGCUUUGGUGCAGGCCAAGCGCCGCCGAGACAGAGGCGAGCUCUCCGAUGGAGAGGGACAGGGCGAGUGCAAAAAGCAAGCUCACGAGACGCAGGCUGGCAGCGGGUCCGGAGGAGGCACUGAGUGCUCCAACAGCCGCGGGGUGGAGCCUUCCAGCGGACAAGCGACGGGAAAGGAACACGCCGCCGAGGGUUGCGAGGUCAUUCCGCCAGCCUUCGUAAGGUGUCUCCGCGCGGAGGUGCAGAGGCUCCACGACGCUGAGGCGACCUUUGCAGAAGUCCGUCGGUACUGUCGGACGCUGCUUUCUCGCAUGGCUCUGCCUGUGGAAGAGGCCCGCGCGCCUUCCGAAGGAUCUCUAGGGGCUGAAGAAACAAGCUGGGAGGUUCAGUCAGAAGCACGAGCUCAGCCUGGAGCAGCCAAGUUGACGACAGGGGUGCCCCGGGGGGGCAGCCAGCGCGCCGGAGCCGCCGGGCAAGCAGCUGACACAGGAGUCGCGGUAGAGCGCAGCGAGAAAAUGGGAGAAGGGACUGGCUCGCAAGGAGGAGACGAGGCGGCACAGGAGAAGCGGCAGGAGGAGAAGAGGGCGCAGGCGGGCAAAGACGAAGAGGCUGGUUUGAGUGAAGGCGCUCGGAAGCAGCGCCAAAUGCUUCUCGCAAUGCAGCAGAGACAGAGAGACUUUCACUGCUUCCUCGAAGAUGCAGAUAUGCUUUCCUCCAGUGACGAAGAAGACGAAAGCUCUGCUCCGGACGCAGCAGCGGUCCACACGCAGCCUGGCUCAGCCGCCACGUCGAUGAGUGGAGAGAGUGGAUCUGGACAGGAACAGGGAGCUAGAGGUGCCGGACUGCAGCCUGCACUCUCCGAAGCAGCGCGCCACCAGUCAAAACCUUCAGAUGCCUCUUGCGCCCUGUCAAGCUCGACGCGGCUUCUGCCUUUGACGCAGCCAGAAGAAGCCGCGGCGUCUUCGUCCGCGAGCGUGUCUGCGGGUGAGGCUGUUGCCUCAGAGGGAGCGAGCGAUCCUUCUUCCUUUGCGUCCGCUCAGGGAGCGCAAGAGGCAACGGGAGAGAGCCGCACCAGGUUGCAGGCCGGCCUGUCGGCGCCUCCUCUCCUGCAGCCUGUCUCUCUGUCUCCUUCGACCUCCUCCCGACGGUCGCCCUCGAAGCCCUCGCCCCAGAAGCUGUCUCUUUCGAGGAGACAGCGGCUGACGAAAGAGGAGGAGGAGAUGCGGUGUGGGGUCUGCCUCGAAGGUCACUCCGCGGCGCAACCCCUGGCGCUUCUUGGCCAUCUUUCGCAGACGAAUAUGCUGCGCCGCCUGGCGCGGAAAGGCCGCGGAAGUCUGCCUGCGUCGCAUCCUGCCUUCAGCUCGUGCGGGCACGUCGCUCACGUGUCCUGUCUCCACGCUCUGCAGGAGACAGCUGCCGCCGGCGGCCGCGCCGGAGGCCGAAACGGCGAGGACGCCCCAGGGGGGCGGGGGGUUGCAGGGGGCGCUGAGGGGAGACGCGCCAGGGAGGAGGAAGAAGGCACCGGGCGGGCUCGGCGCGCGGAGCUGGCUGUGGCGGGCGAGGAAGGCGGGGAAGAAAGGAGAGGACGAGACAAAAGGCGUCAAGGACUGGCCCCGGGGGGGGGCGGGGAAGAGGACACACCCCUGCAGGAAGAGCCCGACGGCAAGCGACGAGCGACAGAAAGCCCGAUCGGUCUGCAGAAAGAGACCCUAGAGCGAUGUGGGGACGAGGAGCGAGAGAAAGCCGCCCAAGACGGAGGGGGGGACCGGGAGAAGAAGAAGCGAGGCCGCCCCGACGGAGAAGGUCUUUCCGACUCUAGCGGCGAGAGCCUCAAAGCGAGGAGGAAGCAAAGAGAUUCGCGCGGCCUCCAGGAGAGUGAUGGAGCCCUGGCAGACGACUCGCCACUGAGAGAGACGGGAAGGGAAGCACCACUUCUUGUCGCGCCUUGCGACUGCUGCAGCAGCUCCCCAAGGAGUCUGUGGGGGUGUCGAUGUCGUCAAGCUUCUUCGGGUCUCCGAGGUGGGCUAGGGAGCCCACCUGAGACCGCGGCGGUUUCAUUCGGCGACGAGCAGGAAGGCGGAGGAGCGGGCGUCGCCACACAAGACACUCUCGUUCCACCCCGCUUGGCUGGGAUUCCCUCGCGCGCCGCGGCUUCUCCGCAGGCGUCCUCUCCCUCUGCUUGCGCCUCCUCCAGCCGUUUCGCGUGGUACGGCGUGUGGCGGCCGAGCCUGGGGGCGGCUGUCGGGCGCGCGGCGGGGUCGGACUGGUUCAAGGGCAUGCCCGCCGGACGAGCUGGCAAGCUCCGUCGAGCCUCGCGACUGAGGGAGACCAGGACGGAGCAGGGCAACGCAAAUAGCAGAGCAGACAGGCGGAGAAGAAGUUCAACGCAGGCGCUCUCCAGUCGGCUGCCUGGCUUGAGUCCUUCCAACGGCGGCCGCCAGGGCGACAGUUCGGCGGCGUCCUCUUCGUCUGCGUUCGCGGAAGGCAGGAGCCCGGGCGCGAAGAGAGCUCUCCGGAGAUCAGCCCGUGAGGCCGAGCGGCGGAGAAUGACCGCGGAGAACCGGGGCGGGGGGGGGUCUGGGGGAGACGCGGUCCUGCUGGAGGAAGAAGACGAGGAGGAGAACACGUUGGGGGCCGCGGCGCCGUCACCAGGGAGCGGGGUGCGUGCUGAGCAGCGAGAGGAAAAUGGUGGUGGGUCGAAGGGAGGCAUGCAGAGCGAGGAGGGCAGCCAGUCGGAUGCUUCGCUUUCGUCUGAGUCUCUCUCUCAGGACGAAGACUACUUUCCAGCCGAGGCCCUCGCAGACACAGAAGUCGAGGAGGCGAACGCACAGACGAGUUUGUACCACGCUAGCGUGAGACCUGCGCGGCCUAUUCCGGAGUACGACUGGGAGACGCCUCGCCGCCCGCCUGCGCGUCGCGGCGUGCUGGGGAUGCGUACGCGGCGGAGAGGCCGAAGGGAGCGAGGCGGGAGAGUUGCCUUUUCGCUCUCUCUGUUUGGCGGCGGCGAGCUGCGUGUAGACCCCUUAGGGGACGAAGAGGACGCGGAGACGGCGGACUUUGAUUCCCAAGACGACGAACGCUGCGGGCGCGAAGACGGCCAUGGAUCGUAUCGCUGGGGGGCGCUGUGCGACGAGUGCCAAUUCCGGAAUCGGUUCUUCCGCAUGCAUGCGUUUCCGCCGAAGAAGCGAGGAAAAAAGAAGGGACGUGCGGGACGGAGCGCCGCUGCAUGCCCAUGGGUGCCCUUGCAGGACGACGUCGACACGCUUCUCUGCAAGAGACGAAAUGGAGGACCUGUCCAUCCCGACUUUUUUAUCGACGCCUGGAGAAGCAUUCAACGCCUCGGACAUGUCUCGUGGGUUUCGCGCUGCGAUGUGGCUCAGGCCUUCCUCGACUCUGCGAUCGGGGCGUUUGCUAGUGCGAAUCGACGACAGACAGGGCGCCUGGCUCACUCUGCGGCCUCUCCUUGGCGGGAGAUGCGGGAGCUGCACUACCUGCCUUUCUAUCCCUGUCCGUCGAACUGGAACUUGCCGCCGCAUCCGUCGUCUUCGCCGGUGACGCACGCCUACUUCAACUUCCACACGCGCGUCUGCGAUCACACCCGACGCUCGUUUGAGUUCAUGGAGCGACUGUUUCCCUCCGGCGGCCGGGAAGGCGCGGGUCUCACGCAGGCGGCGGAGCGCAGCAGAAGCGGCGGAGAGCGGCGAGACAGAAGAGCCAGGGGCGAGCCACGGCAGGCCCUGGGGAGGACGGAGGGAGGGGAAGACCCAGCGAGAGGUUGGGGGUUGCUGCCCGGCGACACAAAUUUUUUCUCCGCGCUCUUCGCGUCGACAAUGCUAGGCCGCGCGCGAGGCCAACCCCCGCCACGGGGACAGGGCAGCGCAGGCGCGCAGGGAGACAGGACUGCGGAGACGGAAGCGUACGCGCCGGUCGCUUCGUGGUCGCGUGUGUCUCAACCUGGUCAUCCUCUGCGCACAGGCACGGGAAGUGGCGAGGUCGGCGCACUCGCCGAUGCGGUGCCGCAGGCCGUGGACGGGGAUGCGCCGAGCAGUGGGAAGUCGGAGCCGACGCGGCGCAAGGAGACAGGAGAUGCCGCGUGUGAGUUUGCCUCCUCGGUCUCGCCGUCUUUCCUGCCUCUGUGUCCGGACUGUGGUGGCGUGCGCAUCGCCCGACUGCUCAAGGAGAUAGAGACAAGAGGAAUGGAGAGAGAGGAGCUGGAACGCCUUCCGCGCGAUCUAGUUGAGCAGCUCUCGCCAUGUUCCUGUUGGACAAGCGACGAACUGAGCGCGUGGCGCGGCGCCGGCGCGGGUCUUCAUAUGGAGAUUCUCGAAUGGUGCGCGUACGCCAGCGUCCUCAUUCACAGUAGCGUCGACUCACCGGAAGGGAGAAGAGAAGGAGACGCCGAGUCCUUUUUCGAGGAUCGAGAGCCCUGGGUCCAAGUUGUACGCAAUUGCUUCUUGCUUGACGCGUUCCCGGCUCGCUGCUUUGCGUGGAUGGACGACAUCACUCGAUUCGGCUACUGGAGUGCGGCGAACCGAUUUCCGCGCUCGUACCUGCAGCUGGCGACCUCGCCGUUGACGCCUGAGCAGGACGAAGAUGACGGAAGGCGCUGGCGGAGAGAACGGCGGGAGACAAGUGCCGGACAAAGCGAGGCGGGCGAGAGGGCGCCAUGCGCGUCAUCUCUCUCGGCCGCCGGCGCUUGCUGUGCCGACUGUCGCCAGGGCCAGCUCCCGGGUGCCGGAGGAGACCAGACAGCGGCACAGGGGCAGGCGCGCUCCUCUUCGUCUUCUUCAUCGUCGGCUGCCUCUUCAGGUUUUUCUUCCUCGUUCUUGUCGUCUUUCUUCGCCGCCUCGGCUCUUCCGGCGGUUGCAGGCCGACACGCGGGCGCGUCGCUAGGCGACCCUGUGUCUCGUAUCUCCGCUGCCGGACCCGGGGGCGAGCCUGCGGCGCGGCGCGGGAGUGCGCAGGAGGAGCCGCGCAGUGGGCGGGGAGUGGGAGAGGAGCGUGAAAGGACCACUGCGGACGAAGAAGACGGGUCAAUGUCGUCGUGUUCGAGCAACACAGAAGAGGAAAGCAGCGAUGAAGUCGGAGAAACCUAUGGCGGUUUCGCGGAGGCACAACAAGAGGCGCGCGAGAGACUCCGUGAGAACACGAAUGAACUGCACUGGCUGCCCGCCGCGCCUUCCAGGGCCUUUGCCGAGGCGCGCAGCCACAUUCCGGGGUCUCCGGUUUCGUGCGCGACCGAGGAUAUGUCCUCCUCAGGAUUUUCUGGGUCUUCAUCCGGCGAGGAGAGGCCGAGGACGGAACGCACGAAAGGUUGCGGUGCCGCAGCUUCUCUCUUCACUCGAAGAAAGAGAGAAGAGGAGCCAGAAGGUUUUGAAGCAGGCGAGGCGAGACUCGCCUCCUCUGGCAGAGACGGUGAAGGAGACGGCGGACGCCGAGGAAGGACUGCAGCGAGAGGCACGCGCCUCACGGCUCAUCCUGAUAGUCGGGCACCAGGGCCAGGCAGAAGCGGCUCCCGCAGAGGAGACCGCCGAGGGACAGACGGCGGAGACGCUUCUCGCGGCGACUGGAGAAAGAGAAGAGGCGGUAAAGUCAAAAGGAGAGAUAAGGACCGGCAUCACGCGUCCUCGGAUGCCGUCGCGAGGCGCCGGAAACAGAAAGGCAUGAAGGCAAAACUGAGCAGAAAAGCCGAGAAGAAAAUGAACCGCGAACGGUUGAGACUCCUUCAAAUCGAAGAAACGUAUCCCGUCUGGGGCAUCGAAGAUCUCGACCGCAAAUCGCUUCUCUUCAACCCGUGGGCGUGCGACAUCAAAGCUGAAUUCAUGAAGGCCUUCUUCACGCGGUGCCUGAAGACUCCGCACCAAAUCAGGAGACGCCUGAGCGAGCUCCUGUGCAUCCGCGCGCUCCAAUUGAUGGAUGACGUUCUGGUGGAGGAGGCUGGCAAGGUCUUCGCCUCGCGCUUUCCCGCGCCGGCGUCGUCUGCAGGGGAGCAGGACACGUUCGAGUUCCCGAUCGGGCACCCGAUUCACCGCGAGGCCUUUGCUGCUUUCUGGCGUGACUGGCUGAAGCCUUGGGAGGCCAGUGGAGACCUCCCAGGCAAUGUGGCAGAGAGUCUCCCCUGGUAUGGGUUCUCGUAUCUCGGUCAGCUUUCGCAGCUGCGUGGCGCCCUCCACGCUCAACAAGGUCGCAGUCCGCCGGCGGCUCCUGUGAAGCGCCAUGUAUUCCCGGUUGCGCCGCCGUCGCUCUGCUCGCUGGCCUCCUCUCCUCGCGGGUGGGCGGGCGGAACUGAGCUUUGCCCCGCGACGCUGCCUCCGUCGUGUUUGACAGAGACCGAGAAGGAGAAUUUGGUUUUGUCGUCCCGCUAUCUCUCCAAGUGUGGACCGUCCUGCAGUAAAUCUGGCGUCCAGUGGCUCUACCGCGCCUGCCGCUGGAGUUCAGAUCUGCCCAGCCUGCUCGCUGCUCUCUCCGAGUCGCAGGGAAGAGACGGAAGAAUGCACGCCGAACUUGCCGGCGAACAGGAGGGCAGGAAGAGCGGCGACCGCGGUCUAGCUUCGAGUGCUUCAGGAUCGAGGAAGUCGCCGCCUUUGUCGGCCUGCAGCCCCAUCUAUCGCGCACUCGUGAAUGACGUGACGCUCAAGGCUGACCAGAAUAAAGAGGUACACGCAACGCCGCUGCUGGGUGCCUCAGGGGCUGCCUACGAAGGCCCCGACCGCCUCCACCGGCUCGACCUCCUUCUAGGUGAAGGCAAGACGCGAGAGGCCUUCUGGAAGCUUUUGGCGGGCAAGCUGCCUCAGAAGCCGUCGCUGCUGUCUCUCUUGGAGCCCAAGGCCCGUCCCCAGACGGCUGCGCAGGCGUCGGCAGCAGCGGGUGGUGGCGGCCCGCGGAUGCGCUCGGGCGAUGAAAAAACGGGGCGACAGACAGCGUGCAGAAACAGAGCAGCCGAGAGGGACGGCGCAGGACGGUCAGGCGAAGGGGCUAGAAGAACGAGCGGGGAGCGUGGCGACCCCGGGGAGCGAGAUACGGAGGUCCCGCGGACUGAAACGUGCCCUGGACGAGGACGGCAGGGGACGGAAGGACAAAGCGCCCUGGGAUCGUCGCCCAAGGACGAAAGCAUAGCGAAGGAGCUUGUCUGCGAGACGCGGGAACAGAACAGCUCCCGCACGUCUGACCGAGAGGAAGAAUCGAGCGGAAGGCCAGGGGCGAGGAAAGGAGUUAGAGAGGAGGCGGAGGUCCAGUCGAGUGCGAAGAAACCAAACUCUACGCCUCUUUUGUCUUGGUGGCUACAGGCGCGCGCUGGCAGUCUCCCUGAGCUCUUUGAAGCGCUGGCGUGGAAGCUCAUGUGCCGCGGGUGUCUUCGCUAUGCGCCGACGUCUCUCCCCACGUGUGGAGGCCGGGCCUGCGGUGUGGCAGAGGGCGCCAUCAAAGCCGAAACGUGCGAAGUCACCUCGCAUGGGGAUCGCGCUGCCGGCGGCGGCGAGGGCAUGGACGUAGACAUGGGCAGCGAACAGCAGAGACCGGCGGAUGCAGGCGGAUCGGUGGCAGGCGCGUGCGCCGAAGGCGAUAGGGGAUAUGAGUGGUCGGCAUCCGAUGUAGACGUGGGGAAACUAGUGCCUGCACAUCUACGGCGGGCGCCCGGUGACGGGGUGCUCCGCAAAGGGAGGAAGGCUCAAAGAGGUGACUGUGAACAACGCGAGGCAACGGAAGGCGUGCAAGACGAGAGCGAGCGCACGCGUAGGACGGCGCCGUUCUGCGCUGUGUGUCCUUGCUCUGGCGAUGUGUCGAGACGCUAUUCAUCGGGUCCUCUCCGAUGGUCGUCUUUCUCCGCUCCGGAAGGGGAGGUGCGCGCGUACGUUCAGCUUCUGUGGCAGCGGUUCGAGGCACGGUUCAUCGUGGCGAUGGCAAGUUUUCUGCGCUUCGCAGUUUGGCUCAUCUCUGCUGUAUGGCGGCUCGACUCGACGCUCCUUUCUCGGCUACGAGCCUCUCUGCGCAAGCCCGCAGGCGAAGAACAGCUGCGCCUCCUUCUUCAAAUUCUUCAGCUUCCUCUCCACUUCGAGGAGCAAGAAGAUUGCGGAGCCCAGAAAGGAGAAGACGAGGGAUUCGAAGCAAAUCCACGAGCGACGGAGACAUGGAACGCAGGAGUGGAGCGGGAAAACGAAAUAGAGACUCCACGACGUGAGACGACGGUCAGAAAAGAGGAGGCGGAACACGGGGCCGGCGCGGACUACUCCAGAGCAUCAGGCUAUGACGGCGUGUGGGAGGAUGACUCGACAGGGGCUGCGCCACGGCUGCUCAUCGAGGCUCCCGAUGUGGAGCGGUCGUGCGGUGAAUCCAUUCCUUCUUCGUUUUCCCUCCCCCAGCCGGGCGUUCUCGGGGCGUUUCCGUGUUCCCCGCCGCGGAAUACCGUCUUAUCAACAAUAUGUCGCCUCAUGUUCAGUCCACUAGUCGUAGAGGGGGCAGCCACGGCUGCAGAGCGGCGCGUGGAACUCUCUCCGCCGAGCACUGAUGACGUUCAGCUGCUUCCUCUCCACCUCCCGAAGGACUUUUUGGACCUUCUUCGGCAAACGCUUCUGCGGAAGUGUCCGCAUUGCGGCGACUCGCCAGAGCAUAAGGCCCUCUGUCUGGUGUGCGGUGCCGUCGUCUGCGUCGGCUCGUCGUGCUGCAAGGAGGAGGGCAGCACGCGGGAGGCAGCCUGGGGGGAGUGUAUGCUCCACGCGCACACGUGUGGCGGCGGCUCUGGCAUCUUCCUUCUUGUUGAACAGUCCAUGCUCUUCGCCGUCGAUGGGAGUUCGUGGUUCCCACUAGAGAACGUCUAUGUAGACGAUGGGGGAGAAUCAGACCCGCGCUUUCGGCGAGGGCUGGAGCGAAUGACCUUGCAUGAAGCGUGUACGCGUCGGCUGUCUUGGCUCCUCAUGAAUGGCCGCCUGCUGCCUUUCGUCAGUCGUUCUUAUAUCCGGCCGUUCUCUCUCAGCGACGCGAUGACGGUACGCUGGCCAUGA